GAGCUCAGUGCGAGUGUGUGGCUGUGCGCGCCGUCGCUUCUCCUCAGGCCAGCCGACCUACCUACUUACCCACUUACUGACCUUACCCUUCCUCUCGCCCUUCUGCAGAUAGAGUGAUCUCUCAAGGACGAGAUUCUGGUUCGACGAACUGUAUUUGAACGAGUGGUGAUUAAAAAUUAGAAAAGCACUAAGAAACCCAUAUAUAUAUUUUUUAUAUAUGCUAAUAUAACAAGAUGCUUUCCCGGUGCUAACGCGUUACGAAUAAAGGAAAGCGCAGAACGAAGAAGCAUAACAGAAAAAUAAAAGAGAAAGAAAGAAACAAAACAAAACAAAAAAAACGGGUAAACCUCUCCCCCCCCUAACCUCCAUCAUCCUCGGAACACACCUCAACGAAGACCCGUUCAAGUGACAGUUCCUCCCGGAGUCGGUCCUUCCUCCCGCCUCGAGUUCGUCACCGCCCUCAGUCGGGUCCUCGCAGCGCUGCUCCUUGAAGCCGCCCCCGCCCGCACGCCCGCACGCCCGCACGCCCGCACGCCCACAGAAGCCUGUUCCGAGGCACGGCACUCAUGGACCAACAGGACGCUGGCACUGUCUGGAAGCACUCUUCAGGAGACUUACACUCGCGUCUCAAAACCCGAAAGAUCCUCGGCGUCGGAGAGACUGACAACGGAGAUAUUCAUAGGUCGAAGAUCUCGCAGGUGUUGGGUCACAAUGAGCACCUCUACGUCAAGCUUCCCAAGGGCUUCUGGAGCGCUCACGUGAUCAUGGGCGCGGGCGUAACCAUGGAAGCCGUUCUGCUCCUUCUCGCGCCCUCCAUCGCCUCGUCUUUGGGCGUCACGCCGCAUCUGGAUGAGGACGCCACGCCCGCCGCUCGGGUCGCUGGCGCCGCCCUGGCCGGUCUGUGUGUGUUCGUCUGGUCGCUCUUAGGAACCUCGGACAAGCACUACGCUCGGACGAUGCUGCUCUCCAUGAUAACCUACCACGUCCUUGCUGUCUGCGUGGCUGGUGCCGCCGCUUUCACCGAGGACGACGCGGAGGCCGUGGACGAGUACCGCGUGGCAAUGGUCGUGGGCGUCCGAGCAGCUAUGUGUCUCCUUUGCUUAGCCUACUUCUACUCCAUCGCUGGUUACACCCCUAUACGUGGACAGAAACCAUCUGGCUUCCCGCAGUCCAGCUGUAGCCGUAAAGAAAAUUGAGGAAAGAUGGCCCAGUGGGUGUAUGGAGAUGAGGGCCUUGGUUGGUGGGGUUGAAAAAGUAAUAGGUAUUUCAACCUACAUAGUGAAGGGAGGGUCCAAGUUGGUCUUGGAAAUUCAUAGAAAAA